AUGGAUCGCACACAAGCUUUCGAAAAGGCGAAAAGUCUGGCGGAAGCCGGAACACUUGACGAAGCAUUCGAAGCAAUUGAAAAGUACACUUCUGAGGAUGGAAUUGAGUAUACGCUUCCAGAAAUGCAAAUCAUAAAUAUUAUUGUGUGUGAAAAAUUGACAAGUUGCUCAUUCGAAGAGAAAAAAGACGCAUGUUUCCAGUGUCUGCCGCUGUUAGAAGGUGUCAAAAUGGUCAAAUCGGCAGAAUGGCUGGAACUUUACAUUGACGCUGUGUACGAUGUAUUCAGCAAACUGAGUAGAUAUGCCAGAGAUGAGGAGCGAAAUGAAGUGUGGAAUCGGAUCAAGGAAAUCUACUAUGAGCUCACACUGGCAGCCAAGAAAGUUUGGAAGGAGAAAAAUGCUCCAGGAGGUUUGGAAGUGUAUGUUAGUUAUGCGAAAUUGGUGAAAAGUUAUCUGGAUGUGGCGGAUGAAGAUUCUUUCAAGAUCUGUGAGACAUACGCCAAAGAAGCGAAAUUCGUGGGGAAAGGAACCCUGGAAGAUGAGGAUUUUAGAGAUGCCAAGAAAUCGAUCGAUACUAUCAACAAGAUGAUCACAGAUGCUAAACAUGAGAAGGAGCUGAUUCAAGAUUCCGACUAG